CUCACUUUUCUGGCACAAAAUUCAUGGCGGCCAUUGUUUGUGAUUGCAUCUCUUUGCCUGCUAGCCAUGAUGGAAUCUUAUCUGUGCUACCAGAAGAUAUCGUCCAGCAAAUCCUCUCUUCUCUUACGCUGAAAGAGAGAGCAAUAGCUUCCCUUGUUUGUAAAAGUUGGCAUCAGAUGAUAACAUCAUUGGACGACCGCAAAUUUGUGCGGACACAUUCUACAAAGAUAGUCUGUGGAUACUGCUAUUAUUAUCACAACAACUGUCAAUGCAGCUAUCACGUCGAGCCUGUUAUCAAAUUUGCUGCUGACAACAUGAGUUUCACAGAAUUCUAUUUGUUCGUACGUACUUCUUACUAUUACAUGUCUACGCAAACUUUAGAGUCAAGUUUAUUAACCGUUUUCCAUUUAAAAGGAGAUUGCAACUUGAACUUUGUUAGAGAUAUUAAGGAAUUGCCUUCAUUGAAAGAGAUAUAUUUUGAUUCUGUUCGCAUCUCUCCAUGCUACUUCUCCAAGUUCAUCAACAAGUGCCCUUCCAUUGUUGAGUUAACUUUGAUACGUUGUUACGACCUUCAUUCCAUCUCAGUGCCUCAUCUGCAUCAACUUAAAAAGGUUCAUGUGAAUUGUCGCAGUAGAUAUAUCCAAACAAUAGAAAUAAAAGCUCUAAAUCUGUUGGAGUUUCACUUGUUUAUUUCCUCAUCAGCAGCAAAAGAGAAACUUGAUCUGUGCGCUUGUACUAAGCUGCAAGUCCUGAAAAUAGAUUCUGAAUAUAUUCCCAUAGGAUUUCCUAAAGAUAUUUCCUUAGCAUUCCCGUGUCUUAAAUCCUUAUCUCUUCCUUUAUGUAAAGGAUUGAAUAAAAUCAAGAGUUUGAGGUUAAUUGACAGGGUUGACGUGGAUGAUGCUUUCAUUGUUAGUCCCAAUUUACGUUCGUUCAAGCUAAUAGAUAUUAAAAAAGUCCCAAGCUCGUGUACUUUUGCUGAAAAUUUGGGUGAAAAUAUCAGCUUGUCCUUGGAAACUGACACAACUGAAUCAAAGGAAGUAAAAUUUCAUUCGGGAAACCAUCAAAGCAACAUUCAACCGCUUUGUAUCAAGCACAUAAAUUUGGCAAUACUCUUUUCGUCAGUAUCAAGAUAUGAAUCUUUACUUGAUGAAUUGUUUAGCUACUUCCAUCCCCGGACCGUGCUGGUGAGAAUGAAUUCAGAUGUCCAAAAACAUAACUUUAUACAGGUUCUAUUGAAUGAGCUCAAAGGUCGGGACAAAGAAUGUACCAAGCGUUACAAAUAUAUAAAUUACAUGUCCUGGCGCUACUUCUUGAAAGGCUACGAGAUCCUCGAAUCAACUACAAUUACAAGGAAAGGCGCCCAUCAAAUUAGCUUGGAGUUUCAAUGGUUUAAAUGAAUCAGAAUCACAGAUUGCAAGAGUACUUCUAUCUACCUGCUCAAAUACAUAUGUGGAACACAGUAUAGGUGUGCAAAUUACACUCCGAGCCAAAUAUAGGAGGUUUUCUUUUCAUGUAUUAUCCCUUAUUAUUACAAUAUGAGUUAAGAAAUUAAUCAGACCUAUUGUGCUUUUGUACACUUUUUCGAUGUUUCAUUGGAUCAGUAUGAUUUAGUCCUCCUUGAAAUUUUGAUAUAUGAAAUUGGUGAUUUUACUUAAACUGGGGUAUCUUACUAUGUUAUGUAUACUCUAUUAAUGAUGUUAUCUAGUCAAUGGUCUUAAUGGUGAAAACCGAAAUUUAAGUGAUA